CUCUGCUCAGUCAGAGAAGAAGGAGGGAAUUGUGAGCGCCUCUUUAGAGCUUGGGAUUGUGUAAAGACAUUUCAGUGGCUUCUUUGAGACUGAUCAUGGCUGGGGUUAUCUGGUGUCUGGCUUUGGUUUGGCUGGAUCUGCAUCUGACCAUGGGGGCCAUGGAUUCAUGUUAUGAUGCCCAUGGACGGGCACAGCGCUGUAUGCCCAUCUUUGAGAAUGCCGCAUUUGGGAGGCGUGCGCAGGUGUCCAACACAUGUGGCUCCCCACCAGAGGAUUACUGUCUCCAGAUGGGAACACGAGACUCCACCACACUCUGCCACCGCUGUGAUGCCGGCAGCGAUGAACUCCACCACAACGCCACCUACCUGACUGACUUCCAUAGCCAGGAAGAGCCCACAUGGUGGCAGAGCCAGUCCAUGGCCUUCGAGGUUCAGCACCCCAACUCAGUCAAUAUCACCCUUCACCUGGGAAAAUCUUAUGAAAUCACCUACGUGAGGUUGAAAUUUCACACCAGCCGCCCAGAAAGCUUUGCCAUCUAUAAGCGGAGCCAUUCUAACAGCCCCUGGGUCCCUUAUCAGUACUACAGCGCCUCGUGUGAGAAGACAUAUAGGAAGCCGGAAGGGCAGUUCUUGCGACCUGGCCAAGAUGAGCGGGUGGCACUCUGUACAGACGAGUUCAGCGACAUUUCCCCACUGAGUGGGGGAAAUGUGGCUUUCUCUACCCUUGAAGGCCGGCCUAGUGCCUACAGCUUUGACCAGAGUCCCAUUCUCCAGGAGUGGGUGACCGGGACGGAUUUGAAGAUUUCUUUGGACCGGCUAAAUACCUUUGGGGAUGACAUCUUCAAGGAUCCCAAGGUGCUGCAGUCUUACUACUAUGCCAUCUCAGACUUCUCCGUAGGGGGCAGGUGCAAGUGUAAUGGCCAUGCUAGUGAAUGCAUCCCAAAUGAAGAGGAUCAGUUGGUUUGCCUCUGCCAGCACAACACCACUGGGGUAGACUGCGAGUUGUGCCAGCCGUUUUAUCAGGACCGCCCGUGGGCACGGGGCACCGCUGAGGCUGCCAAUGAGUGUCUCCCAUGCAACUGUAGCGGCCGAUCAGACGAGUGUUUUUAUGACUGGGAGUUAUACCGACGCACUGGGCACGGUGGCCACUGCCGAAAUUGCCAGGACAACACGGAUGGCCCGCACUGUGAGCGCUGCCGCCAGAAUUUCUACCGCUGGGAUACCCAGGCGGCAUGCCAGCCCUGCAGCUGCAACCCAGCAGGUUCCUUGAAUCCCCAGUGUGACAGCUCAGGGGCCUGUGAAUGCAAAGCAACAGUGACAGGCUGGAAAUGUGAGCGUUGCCGAGAUGGAUUCCACUCCCUCAGUGAAGGCGGGUGCAGACCUUGCGCUUGUGACGCAGCUGGCAGUGUAGGGACAUGUGACCCUAACACAGGACACUGCAGGUGCAAAGAGAAGGUAGAAGGGUACCUGUGCAACAGGUGCCAACCUGGUAGCUUCAAUCUACAGCUCCACAGCCCUACUGGCUGCACCAGCUGCUUCUGCUAUGGCCAUUCAACAGUGUGCACAGUGGCCCAGGGGUAUGAGGUUCACGAUAUCAUCUCUGACUUCAGCCAAGGACUCGAUGGCUGGAAAGCAGUAAAUCCAAGUGGGCAGGAGGUCCCCCUCCACUGGGCUAGAGGAGAGAUCUCCCUGGAACAAGAGGAGGAAGAGGCUGAUUUUAUAGCUCCAGAGAGGUUCCUAGGUGACCAGCACCUUAGUUACGGGCAGACCCUCUCCGUGCUCUUCCGCAUAGAAAGCUCCACAUCUGACUUCCAUCCUUUCCCCAUCGGGCUGGUUUUGGAGGGGGACGGCAUCUCGGUGUCAGCCAGUUAUGCUGAUACAGAAGACAGCAGAAAUGGCACACACUGUGAAGAGCACAUGAUAGUAUUCAGGCUUCACGAGGCUGAGGAAGAAAUGCAACCAGCUCUCUCAGCUUUCCAGUUCCAGCGCCUGCUCUCCAACCUGACAGUGCUUCAGAUCCAGGCCAAAAGCAGUUAUGGACCAGGUAGGAUUUUCCUGAAGGAAGUCCAGCUUACGUCAGCUCACCCAGGCCUCUCUCAGCCAGCCCUGUGGGUCGAAGAAUGUAUAUGCCCGCAAGGGUACGUUGGCCAGUUCUGUGAGUCCUGCGCUCCUGGCUUCAAGAGGGAGGUCCCAUUCGGUGGCCCCUUGGUCAGUUGUGUUCUCUGCUCUUGCAACCAACAUGGCAGCUGUGAUCCUGACACAGGCCUCUGCCAAUGCCUGCACAACACAGAGGGGCCUUCCUGUGAGCGUUGUGCUGCUGGUUUCCAUGGCAACCCCUUCACUGGCCGCUUUGAUGACUGUAAGCCUUGCCCUUGCCCUGGCCAGACGCCUUGCCUGGCUCUCCCACAGAGCGGAGAAGUGGUCUGUACCCACUGCCCACUGGGACAAAGAGGGAGACUCUGUGAGCUGUGCGAUGAUGGCUUUUUCGGGGACCCCCUGGGAAGGAAUGGUCCAGUCCGACCUUGCAGCCCCUGUGAAUGCAACAGCAACGUGGACCCCAAUGCCGUGGGCAACUGUGAUGCUGUCUCAGGCCAGUGUCUCCGCUGCUUAUACAACACAGCAGGGGAACACUGUGAGAGGUGUCAGGAAGGCUUCUAUGGAGAUCCACUAGCCACCAACCAUGCUGUGAAGUGUACACCCUGCAACUGUAACCCUGGAGGCUCUACCAACGGAGCAGCGACUUGUGAUGAUGUCACCGGUCAGUGCAUCUGCCUCCCCCAUGUGACUGGGCGGGACUGCAGCCAAUGCCAAGCAGGUUAUUAUGACCUCCAGCCAGGAAAGGGUUGCAAAAGUUGCCAAUGCCACCCAGUAGGUUCUCAACACAGCCACUGCCACCCGCUCACAGGGCAAUGCUCUUGUCAACCUGGUGUGGAAGGUGUGUCAUGUGAUCAGUGCCAGGCUGGUUUCUUUGGCUUCUCAUUCCAAGGAUGCCGAGCCUGCAACUGCUCCCAGCUCGGUUCUGUCUCCCUCCAGUGCCAUGACAACAGCACAUGUGUGUGCAAGCACGGGUUUGUGGGGUACAAGUGUGACCAAUGCAAAGUGAACUACUUCUAUGACCCUGGGAGCAAUCAGUGCCUGGAGUGCCCUAUUUGCUACAGUCUCGUGAAGGAAGAGGCAGACAAUUUGAAGGCCAAGUUGACGAAGAUGGAGUCAUGGUUGGAGAAACCAGAUUGUGGCAUGAUGAGGGCACGUUAUUAUUCUGCCAUGCUGCGGGACACACCACGGGGUGACACUCUCCACAGCCGUUACCUGUUGAAAGGUGCCAAAGUGGCUUUCCUAGAAGAGCUUGCUGAGCUGGAGAGCCUAGUGCAUGAUGCAGAGAGCCGGCUGAGGAACACCAGUGAGAUUAUGGGCUGUGACAACCAGAGUGGCACCAAGGGCUGCCUCCUCCUCACUGACAUCCUGCCCAUCCUACAGUCCACACAACAACAGAUCCAGAUGGCCACCAACACACUUGAUGCCAUGGAGUUUCCUGCUGAGAUGUCGCACCAGCCCACCAACUGGACCCACCAGGCACAGGAGUCUAGAGUGCUGGCCCAGAGCCAUAUGGAGGCUGCGGCCUUGGUGGAGGACACUGCCCAAAAGGCCAUGCUCCUGUCCAACAAGACCUACCACCUUCUGCAGAGUAUCAUAGAGGACAAUGCAAAACUGGAGUUUAGGGGACAGAUGGAAGAGAGCUACCAGAGAAUCCAAAAGGCACAGAGGGAGCUUGGCUUCCAGAUGGAAGAGGCUACAGCCAAAGCUGAGGAGGCUUUUGCUUCAGUCCAUCAGGGCAACAUGGCAAAGAACCUCAAGCAGAUCAGUGUCAUAGAGCUGCACCCCCUGGUUCAGCAGGCUGAAAAUCUAACUCAUUGUGCCAAUGAACUGGAGCACCUGGCGGAACAGAAUAAACACCUGGUGGCCAAUGGAUCUCUUAUUGUAGAGGCCAAACUGGAGGGCGUGACUCAGAGGAUGAAGGAGUUGGAACAACUAUGGCAAAGGACAAAUGAUGCCCACACACAGGCAUCCUCAUCGCUCUCAAAGGGGGAGGCUGUGCUCUCCGAAGCAAAGACCUUGUUGGCUACCUUGGAUGGGAUGAAGAGGUUGGGUGCACGUCACAAACGCCAGUCUGCCACAAACAGGAAAAUGACAGUUGUGCGGGAUCGGGCAAUAGCAGAGGCGCAGAAGAAGACCAGACAAGCUCAGAAGAUUCUGGGAGAUUCUUUUUCAGUCUCUGCUGAGGCCCAGAAAACUGCCAACAAUGCAGAGUUAAUCACAAAGGAAGGCGCUAAGAAGGCCCAGGACACACUCAGAGACGCAAAGCGGGAGAAAAGGCGCGUGGAUAAACUUAAGGCACGUGUUGCUUUGACUGUGGCAGAAGCCUCCAGGCAGAAGCGUGAGUCUGAAAAACGUGGCAAUGACCUCGCUGGACCUGGACAGGUUGCAGCGGAGAUGAACGAUCUUGAGAAGAGCCUCCGAAAUGCCCAGGGCUCCUUGGAGAUGGACAUUGCGACGUUGAACAGCCUGCUCGCCAGUCUCGGCAACAUAGAUCACAGUGCUCUGUCAGAAGCUGCGCUGAACUUGAGCCAAACCCAGCUGGAGCACUUGCAGUCAAGCCUGGCGGGAUCUGGUGCCCUGGGCCAGCAGCUGAGCACCUUGCAGCAUGAGGCUGAAACCCAGCGGGAGAGGAUCGAGGCCUUCGAGAGGGACUUGGCGGAGAUCCAGAGCGACAAGCAGAACCUGGAAUCCAUCCUCCGGAGCCUGCCCAGCAGCUGCUCCAGCAGGAAGUGAGACGGCCUCCUUAAAAGUGCUCCAGAGCACCAUCCCUGGCAGCGCAAGGAACUGAAGGCUUAAGGAAAAAGGCGCGGAGGGAGGGAAAGAUGGAAGAAGGUCAAUACCAUGGAGGAAAUGUCAGGAUGUAGGAGGGAUUUGAUUCGGUUCACAGUUAAAGGCAAAUCUAUCGCACUGCGCUUUCUGAAACAAUAUGCAAACUGAAACACAAGCCACCCUUCCAAAAUUCACACUUCUCCAAACUUUGCAGUGCAGUUCUCCAGCCAAGUAACGUGUACAAAAAUGCACAAGCUUGGGAGUAAAGUGGGCCUAGGAAUGCAAGUACAGUAGUACCUCCAGUUACGUAACCCUCUGGCUUUGUAAACCGGGAUGCGAAAGCUGCAAACCCAGAAAUAUUUGACCGGGU